UUCCGCGCGCAGUUUGGGACGGUUGGCGACGCCGGCGGCUGAGGCGAGGGUGGCGGCGCAGUGAGGAGGGGUCCGCGGGCGCCCUCGGGAGAGAUGGCCGGCGGCGGGGCAGGCCUCUACGGGACCGCUACUUGCUCCGGGGCGGACUCGCCGCCUCUCCUCAGCCUGAGGCGACGGUCGAAGCAGCCGGGGCCGGAGGAGGCGGUUAUGCUUGAAAAAGUGUUGGGAGUAACUACGCAAACCAGCAGCGGUUUAACUUGCGACCCAAACACGGGAUACGUAGCGUAUCUGGCAGGAUGCGUCGUUGUGAUUUUAAAUCCCUGGAAGAACAAGCAAAGGCAUAUCUUCAAUACUUGGAGGAAAACAGUGAGCGCUCUGUCUUUCUCUCCUGACGGGAAAUUUAUUGUAACGGGCGAGAACGGACACAGGCCGGCAGUCCGAGUUUGGGACGUGGAGGAGAAGGCGCAAGUGACGGAGCUGCAUGGCCACAAGCACGGUGUGGCCUGUGUGGCUUUCUCUCCCAAUAUGAAAUACAUCGUCUCAGUUGGGUAUCAGCACGACAUGAGCAUCAACGUUUGGGACUGGAAGAAGGAUACGCUCGUUGCAUCCAACAAAGUGUCUUGUAAGGUUAUGGCCAUCUCCUUUUCGGAGGACAGCUACUUUGUCACGGUUGGCCACCGUCACGUCAAGUUCUGGUUCUUAGACGUGUCCAAGGAAGCAAAGAUUAAAGAGACUGUUCCGCUUGUCGGUCGCUCUGGGCUUCUUGGAGAGCUUCACAACAACAUCUUCUGCGACGUGGCGUGCGGCCAGGGGAAAAUGUCGGGCAACACGUUCUGCAUUUCUUACUCGGGGCUCCUCUGCCAGUUUAACGAGAAGCGCGUGCUGGAGAAAUGGAUCGAUCUGAAGGUCCCUCUUGCCAACUGCAUCUGCGUGAGUGAAAGUUUCAUUUUCUGCGGUUGCGCGAAUGGAAUAGUGCGAAUCUUCCAGACGCACAAUUUGCUGUACCUCACCAGCUUGCCGAAGCCGCACCACUUGGGCAUCGACGUAGCGAAAAAAGAAGCACCAAGAACGGCAGACGUCACCUGGCCCGACACCAUUGCCUUGGCCUUUGAUCCGAGCCAUCACUGGCUCUCCUGCGUCUACAAGGACCACAGCGUGUACAUUUGGAACGUGAAGGACACCGAUCAAGUUAGGAAAGUGUGGUCUGACCUCUUCCACAGCUCCUUUGUGUGGCACGUCGAGGUCUAUCCUGAGUUUGAAGACCACAGAGGCUGUUUGCCCCCAGGAUCCUUUCUAACGUGCUCGUCGGACAAUACGAUUCGGUGCUGGAGCUUGGAGAACAGCCCCCAAGCUGGCUGUCCGAAGAACAUCUACAGCAACAACUUGCUGAAGGUCGUCUACGUGGAAAACAACACCCAGCAUUUGCAAGAUUCAGCCAACGUGCCGGACCGAGGCGAAAACACGGGAUUCCUGGACGUAAAGCCUGGCGUCCGCGUCCUGCAGGUCAGCCCUGACGGCCAGCAUCUGGCUUCUGGUGACAGAGUUGGGAACCUGAGGAUACACGAACUAAACGGUAUGGAGGAGGUGAUGAAAGUUGAAGCCCACGACUCAGAAGUCCUGUGCUUAGAGUACUCUAAACCCGAAACAGGGAUGGCCCUCCUGGCCUCGGCAAGCAGAGACCGGCUGAUCCAUGUGUUAAACGUGGGGAAGAACUAUAAACUAGAGCAGACCUUAGCUGACCACUCCUCAGCCAUUACCGCUGUGAAGUUUGCUGGAGACGGCGGCAUUCAAAUGAUCAGCUGCGGAGCUGACAAAAGCAUCUAUUUUCGCAGCGCACAAAAGGUUGCCGACGGAGUCCACUUUGUUAGAACUCACCACGUUGCGGAGAAAACAACCUUGUAUGACAUGGAUAUCGAUAUAACCCAGAGAUACGUCGCCGUGGCCUGUCAAGACAGAAAUGUCAGGGUCUACAACACAGGCAGCGGGAAGCAGAAGUGCUGUUUCAAAGGUACACAAGGUGAAGACGGAUCAUUGCUGAAGGUCCAGCUGGAUCCUUCCGGAACAUUCCUGGCCACCAGCUGCUCUGACAAAAGCAUUUCUGUUAUUGACUUCCACUCGGGUGACUGCAUUGCCAAGAUGUUUGGGCAUUCUGAGGUGGUUACAGGGAUGAAGUUUACCUACGACUGCAAGCACCUGAUCACCGUUUCGGGAGACAGUUGUAUCUUUGUAUGGCACCUUAGCCCGGAAAUCACCGCCAGCAUGAAGCAACACUUGAUGGACCUGGAUCAAAUCCAGCAGCAGAAGAAAGCCAGAGACCAGGCCUGGUCUCCGCAGGUCAGGUGGGAGACCUACAUCACCGUACCGAGCGGGAGGACUUCCUGCAGGGCUGCUCUCCCAGCCGACUCCGACACGGAGGACGAGAAAGAGGAGGAAGGGAAGCUCCUGCAGACGCCCAGCAAAGAGGACUCGGAUGCAGGUCUUCCUUGUGUCCUGACCAAUGGAAGAUUGCCUAUGUGGGCAAAGAGACUGCUCGGUGAGGUAGAUCCUUCGGAGGGGGCGGUCUCAGCCUCCCGGGUGUGUUACCAGCCGCAAGGGCGAUGGGCCGAGCGGGCUGCCCAGGAGCCUAUCAAGACCAUGCUGGACGCGGAUCUGAAUUAUUUCACCCCCAUUAAGAACGACAGCCUGAGCGACGUAGAGCUGGAGCCCCGGAACCUGGAGCCGCUGCUCUCACAGUCUGAGGACUCCCCAGGCAACGUGACGGAGGACUUCAAAGAGCCAGAUCUGACUUCCAAGGACGAGGCCGCUCAAGAGCUCGGAUCCCUCCGGGCAGGCAGAAGCAGCCCAUCUGUGCAGACCAGCACUGCUCCUGCUGAGGCAGAGAGGAGGCCCCGGAAAGACCUGCACCUGGAGCUGCCUUUUCAGACAGAAGCCACGAAUGCGCCAGAGAAGCAGCCGCAUAAAAUGUACUCAGCCGUUUCCUUGGAUUUGGAGGCCUCUCUCUUCAGCCAGCCACAGGAGGACCAAGAGUCUGUGGUUUCUGAAGUCGAAGCAGAACUGAUCGACCUGGAGGAGAAAACGGGCUCUUUGCCCCAAACCCCAGAGCAAGAGAAAUACCUCAAGCACCAUUUUGAGACCCUGGCUGAUGUCCACAGUGAAGAAAAGUUUGACAGCACCCUCAAGGACUUGAAGCCACCUGAAGACGGAGAAGAGGAGGCUGCUCUGUUCCUCAACCCUCGCUUGAGCAUCUCUACCCGGUUUCUUUCACGCUGCAGGUUCCCCAGGAUGCGUCAGCCUGCACAGCCCACCUUGGGUCCUCCACAGCAGGCUAAGGAAGAGAGCCCACUGCCCAGAGAGCCCAAGACAUUAGAGAAACCUCCUGAGGGACUUCUGAUUGAGUUGGAAGACAAGCUGGAUACUAAAACGGGCAGCGCUUCAGAAUCACAGGUUCUCGUCAAAAGCUUUGAAACAAACCUGCAAUCUCUGUGCUCCAGAUUUCAAGAAACUUUGCAACUUUACGAUAAAGUGACGUCCUGCCAAGACUCCAGCCGGGAAGAGCAACUUCGGGCGAAGGAACGGCUGCUGAAGGCCUCCUGCUGGAUGAAGAAGGAGCUGGACUCGAGAGCCGGGAAGGUCGGCCUGGACGUGGCCACGGCCACGGACAGCCUCUGUGUGGGGCUGAGGCACCUCCGCGACGACGAGACCCAAUGCCUGCUGAAGUACUACUCUGACUCCUUGCUGGAAAUGGUGGAGAAGAAGCUGGAGGAAAGGAACAAGGCGGAAGUCGCCUGAAAUCCACCCCACGCCCCACAGCAAGUUAGGACACACACACCCCCCUCCAAACACGCACGCUUUUAAAAAAUUGCCCCUGAGAGACGCCCGUUUUUUUGGAACUCCUGAGGGGUUGGCUGUUUGGGGAGGCGAAAUUCUUGAGCGGUCGUCACGGGCGUUUCUCUGAGUAUGAAAGGUUGUAUGGUUUUUCCCCCCCUCCUCCCGAAGCAACAGUUUCCAUCCACUUUAGCUGUUUUAAAAGGGCCCGACUUCAUGAAAAGCAUCCUGUGCGAGAACGCGUUCAGCAGGCGCAAUCUCAGAAAUCUUCAGCUUAUUCUGAAAGUGAUUUUAUUUUUGCAAAAAGAAAAAAAAAGGCGUGUUUUGAAUAAUAAUAGUAGUAAUAAAACGUUGAACUGAAAA